AUGGCACAAGGCCAGGCUUCCGUCAGUAAGAUCUCCGGCGCGGGCUUCCGGCUCUCAUUGCUCCUCAACGCGGCCGCUUGUCAACUGGCACAGUCUAGAUUGGAGAUACACAGCAUCGCCAAGGGCAUAUCACUCUUUGCUUUGACAUUGAAGCAUGUCGGGCAAACCCUCGAGGGCCUUGAGCUUGAUCGAACCCCCGAGACAACAGAGAAAGCCUUUGAGAUUGCCGGACAGGGCCAGGCCAUCUUCAUUGAGAUCGAGCACAUGUUGGACAAGUUAAAGGCGACUGACCGAAAUGAGGAUUUGAUGAGGCUGUCUCUACAAGAGAGACUGAAAUGGUGCUUCCCCAAACAGCAUGUCACCUACCUUCUAGCACAAGUCGAGUCCCUCAAGCUCAGCCUGAUCGUGAUGCUACGGAUUCUGCAGCUUGGGACGGUGAUUAAAGCCAAUACCGAUGAUGGGAUUGACACAGACUCACUUACUUCUGCUACCGACGACGUUAUUGCACAGGAGAAAGCAGAGUCUCAGAAUAUGAUUAUUGUUCGGUAUUGGGCUGUCAAGCGUCUCGAUCGCCUGUGGGAUCUUGUGGAACAGGAAGCUGUCGAUGCUGUCAGGGACCCAACAAACCAAAAGAUCAAUGCCAACUACUCCAACACAGCUUCCGAAAGCAGACUGAUGGUCGGUCUAGGCCCUACACGGCUCGCUGCAGUGACUUUUGGGGAGAGUGAUCUGGGUUUAAGUGACAUGGAGCGAUCCCCGAAAGACAUGGUUCAACUGUCAGAGAAGGCAAUGAAUCGGCUACUGUCCAUGUGGGUGCCUCAUAUGGAUCAUUCCAAGUUACUCGAUCACGGCCAUCUAUCGAAGAGCCAACCACGAGUCUACGUCUCCGACACAGACGAGCAUUCCGAUGAACUCGACUUUGAUGGCCCCAAUGUGCGAGGCUACUACCUUGAAGGAAGAACAGACGAUUGGAGAGCCCCACACUCGCAAGAAGCUCGCCAGCGCGCAGCAAAACUACGUCAGGAAUACUCUCGAUACCAAGCCCACGUCGAAAGUGAGGCCGAGCCUGAUGAGCCCAAGCACCAAAGCCGUGGUAGGGCCAUCGACUCAAGCGAAGAAGAAAAGGAUACACUCCAUCCUCACACGACCAGCAAUAUACGUCGCCCUCAUUCACACAGUCUCUCAGACCAUUUCACCAGCAAACAAUCAUACCCAUACCAACAUCCCAGUGGCAGCUUCCCACCCCCGUCUCAACCUCGUUCACAUCCACCUCCGAUGCAGCACAGCCAAAAAGCAUACCAACCUCCAACAGCGCCACGAUCAAUUCCAAACACACAUCCAAAUCAAUCCGCUCCGACCCCCAUGCCAGUUCCAAUUCCACGACAGAACCAUGUCCACUUCGAACACUACCGAUCUAAUCCCCGCGCCUAUCCUCUUUCCACAUCAAGCCCUGAGUCUAGAAGUUCGGAUCCCCGACUCGCAGACCCCAGAGCCUCCCCACCUCGUUCAGCGCAGCGAUCGCCGACCCGUCGCCGUGAUCGCGAGCGUGAAGAGGCCAAACAAAGACACAAGGCCCUGACGAGAAACGCCACAAGGGGGCUGGUGGGGGUGGGUGCUAUAGCAGGCUUUAUGGAUGCCUUGGAAGCGUUUUCGAUUCUCUAA